AAUCAGCCUUUCUAAAGUUGGAAGGAACUGCUGAGAGAAAUUGCAGCAAAGAUCUACAACCACCAGCACCUUCUGCAUUGUUGUAUCCAGACUGGUGUGAACUGAGCUCAUUUUGGAGGGGAAGGGGGUUCAGCACCAGGCCUCAGGAAGUCUGCUAAUUUUUUUUGUCACUCUGACUUACACACCACACUGAAGCCAGAGAGGGCAAGAACCUUCUUUUGGCACGGCUGCUGCAGCAUGACUUUUCACUGACACGCUCUGGAAGAAGCACAGCUUCCUCAUGUGCAUCCUUUUCUUUAAGUUUGACCCACGACCUGUUUCCAAAAAUGCAUACAGGCUUAUCCUAGCAGCAAAUAGAGAUGAAUUUUAUCUAAGACCAUCAAAAUCGGCAGACUUCUGGGACAGCGGCAAUGAGAUCCUUAGUGCAGGCUUGGAUAUGGAGGAAGGGAAAGAAGGCGGGACCUGGCUUGGAAUCAGCAAGAAAGGCAAGAUGGCAGCCCUGACAAACUACAUGCAGCCGAAGAUAGAUAAGAAUGCAAAAGGGAGAGGUGCCCUUGUGACAAACUUCUUGACUGCAGAGCUGGACAGUUACUCUUACCUGAAGAAAGUCGCCUCGGAAGGACACCUUUACAAUGGAUUUAAUUUAAUAGCAGCGGACUUGAAAGAUAGCACCCACCUAAUUGCUGACAGUGGAGGAAAAAAGCCAGAAGCAGCAGUCACAGCAGGCUCCAGUUGGUUGAGUAGUCUGAGCAGCAAGACAGGCGUCCAUGGAAGGAACACCAUCAAGGGAGAUGUAAUUUACUAUUACGGAAACAAAGGAGACCCAGAACCUGUCUGCCUAAAUCCCGGGAUAUAUGGCUUGAGCAACUCUCUGCUGGAUACUCCAUGGAAGAAGCUUCAGUUUGGAAAACAGCUCUUCACAGAUGUCGUCAAGCACAGUCAAGACCUCACUAAGGAAGACCUAGUGCAAGAGCUCAUUAAAGUGAUGAACAACCAAGACCCACAGCUGCCGGACCCCGCCAUUGAGGAUCAAGGAAAAGACUACAUCCUCCCCAUCCUGAACAAGUAUGCAGCAAUCUGUGUCCGUUGCCCAAACUAUGGGACCAGGACAAACACAGUCAUUCUUGUUGAUGCUGAAGGCCAUGUCACUUUCACGGAGCGCACCAUGCUGAAUGCAGACGUGGACCAAUGGAAAACGAGCACCUAUCAAUUCAAACUGCAGCUUUAGCAGCUUUCCAUUUGAAUGGAGCACAAGAAAAGGAAGGAGAGUGUGCUGUUGAAGAUGGGGUGGGGAAGCCUUAGAAACGAGCUUUGAAGAGCAAACGCUCAUGAAUGUCGUCGUAGCAUAUCCUAGCAACCACCAAAACCUUUUUGCAUAAAAGCCAAAAACAAAUUGUUGUUGUUGUUGUUAAAACAUGGCCGUGUGUAGAGACCAGGCUCUGCACCAGUUGCUGUGUUAGACCUUCCAAAGGGACUCUUUAUCAGGCUACUAAAUUACCUGAAGCAAUUCUGAAUGUGGUAUGGGAUACAUAGGAGGUGAUUGUCAUAUUUUUCCCCCUUUUGGUCAGGGAGAGCUGGGAAACGAAACUGAGAAUCUACAGUCUGCAGAGCAAGAGCUCUGCAUCCAUUUCAGCAUUUGAGAGUAUUCACCUUUACCUACCUACUUUUGGCAUCGCGAGCAUACCUUGACUUUGAAACGAAGCCUUUGCUUACAUGGAGCUCUUCACUUGAGUUGGAGCUCCGCAACACUUUUCUCUCUGUGCAGCAGUCUUCUUUUAACCACCCCUUAAAAAAAUUUGGGGGGGGGGCUGUUAUUUAUCUAAAUCAUGGCAGCGUUUAAUGUGUUAAUGGAAUAUAAGUUUCAGUAUUGCUAUAUUUUGGUAUUGCUGUACAUAUAGGUAUAGGCGAAAGGGUACCUACCUUUUACAUUAGAUGCCCUCCGUAAGAAAAUAAGAGCAGCCCUGCUAGAUCAGACUAAAGGUCCAUCUAGUCCAACCCCCUGUACUUCAAAGUAGCCAACCUGAUGCUUCUGGGAAGCCCAUGUGGUACAUGCAGGCAGCAUCUUGAGGCUGACGGCAACAGGUAGGAGGUGGGCCAUGGAUCAGCGGGCGUUGAAUGCCAGAGAUCUUGAGUUCACUCCUUAGCAUUUGCAGUUCAAGGAUCCCAAGAAGUAGCCGCUGCGAAUGAUCUUUCUCCGGGUCUUGAGCAGAGCAGAUAAAAACUGAGUUGGUAUAAGGCAGCGUCACAACGAUCGUGCCGCCCUCUCUUGAUGCGGCUCCGUGAUGCUGGCUUUGAUUAAAUAUGAAUUCUGCUUUGUUAUCUAGUGCCUGGGUGAUACAGUGCAGAGAGAGGAGCCAUAAUCUCUUAAGAAAAACUAGAAGAAAGGCUAAUUGACAAUCAUAAUGGCAGUCCUAGAAUCACAGGGUUGGAAGGGACCUCCAAGGUGAUCAUGUCCAACUGCCUGCACAAUGCAGGAAAUUCACAACUACUCCCCCCGCCCCCGCCGCCACACACACACACACACAGUGAUCCCUGCUCCAUGCCCAGAGGAUGGCAAAACACCAUCAGGAUCCCUAGCCAAACUGGCCUGGGGAAAAUUGCUACCUGACCCCAAGGUGGUGAUCGGCAUUACCCUGGGCGUGUAAGAAGGGGCCACAAGAACUAAGCACUGAUGUAACCUUUCCUGCCCUCCCUCUCACGAUCUGCCCAGGUUCACAGAACCAGCAUUGCUCACAGGUGGCCGUCUAGCCUCUGCUUGAAGACCUCCCAAGAAGGAGAGCCCACCACCUCCCGAGGAAGCCUGUUCCACUGAGGGACGGCUCUGUCAGGAAGUUCUUCCUGAUGUUUAGCCAAAACCCCUUUUGAUUUAAUUUCAACCCGUUGGUUCUGGUCCGACCUUCUGGGGCAACGGAAAACAAUAAUUGUACCUCACCAAGCAGUCUGGCGACUAGAGCACUCUCUCUAAAACCUUGGGGCUGGAUUCAGCAGAGGAUUUUCAUGGAUAUAGAAGGGUGGGGGACAAUCUGAGUUGAUUUCUCCGCUCCCAUUGCAGAUCUUCAGCCCCCCUCACGCUGUUCCUGGGGGUGUCCCCUGUUCCCUAGGAGUAGCAUUGAGCGGGGGGCAUUUUAAAGUCCAGUCGGAUGGGGCAGAUGAGAGAGUCACACUCCAGUGGAUCCAAGAUUUCCGGUAUAAUCCUAAAUGAAGUUACUCCAUUCUAAACCCAUUGAUUUCAGUAGGCUUAGACUGGAGUUACUUUGCUUAGGAUUACACUGUUAGAGCUCUACUGCCUGCCAGAGUAGAUAAUACAGGACUAGAUGGACCAGUGGUCUGACUUCCCCUAAGGCAGCUUCACAGGUUAACCAGAGCUCCAUGGGGAUGUUUGCACCACAAGCAUGUAAAGAGAGACGUUGCUUACGGGCGUACUUUUAUCUUUUAACAUCAGUAUGCACCCAUUUGGGCUGUGCUCAUGAAUGUCAUAGCCACAUGUUGCAUAUUUGCCAUAGAAAAACACUUGCUCCGUGCAAAAAUUGAAAUGCUUGAAGCAAGAACAUGGCCCCAGGGCGCCUGGCCACCACUCUCCCCCAGAUUUUCAGCUUUCUUUUAAAAAUGGUUUCUAGCCCUUUAUAGAUAACAGAGGAAGUAUGGAGGGUUUACCCAGUUGCUUGCAGAGAAAUAAACUUUUUUUCAUUGUUCUAGCUAAUGAAUACAUACAAAAGCACAGGGUUAACUGAUGAGUACUACUCCCCUAUUUUCAAAUGUUAUAAAAAUGUUACAUUAUUAACAUUUAGUAAAAAAUAACAACCUUAAACAUACUAGGCUGCCUAUGUUCUGGCUGUUCGGCUAAGAUUCUCCAUCCCCUUUGGUCUCCUCCGUGCAAAAAUUUGGGCCUUUUGGAUGCCGUGUGCAGUUAAUUGGAGCCCUCAGUCCUUCUGCAUCUGCAUAUCUGUUUGCUUCUGGUUUGGAGAGAGUCCUUGUGGUAAUGGCACAUACGGAACAAAGCAGAGAAAAACAAAUUCUCCAAACAGCCAGGCCUCCUGGAGCCUUGAUGAAGAUGUCUUGGAUGAUCCUUGCCGGUGCUUAGCCUGGUAGCGUUCACUUACCUCUGUAGCCAGAAUACGCUGCAAGAGUCCCACAAAUUCACUUUCAGCCAGACCUCAAAUACCCAUCAUUAACAGCGUUUGGGUUUUCAAGGUCAUGGAGACUUUGAUUUUGGAAGAAAUGGAAAUUAAUGUUACCUUCUGGUUUUACGAUUGUAUCUGUUAAGAGGGCGAUCAGAAUAGUUUGGCUGGUCUGUUUUAGGGACAUCUUCGCUAGGUCAUUGGCAGGCAACUCCUAACCUUCACAACUCACAUCUUUGCUGCAAAAUAAAAAUAUUACCCCACACUUCCCAAGUGACAGCACCACCCAUGUUUUCCUACAUGGAAGUUUACUUCUCAGCAGGGCUUUUUUCUGGGAAAAGAGGUGGUGGAACUCAGUGGGUUG